UAAAGUUUAUUCAAAUAAACACGGCGACGUCACGACACACAAUGGCAGCCAGCAGUUCAGCUGUGACGGUUCUCACUCCUAAUGGGAGAAGACAAGCAGUUAAAGUGUCUCCAAACACACCGUUAUUACAGGUGCUGGAGGAUGUCUGUAAAAAGCAUGGAUUUAACCCCGACGAUCACGGUUUGAAGUUUCAGAGGACUGCUGUUGACCUUACGCUGCCAUGGAGGUUUGCCAACCUGCCCAACAAUGCAAAGCUGGAAAUGGUGACAAGUACAAGGAAACAGGCUGUGGCUGACAGCCAGGUGCGGAUUGCACUCCAGAUGGAGGACGGCUCUCGGCUUCAGGGUUCCUUCUCCUGUGGACAGAGUCUGUGGGAACUGCUCACACAUUUCCCCCAGAUCAGUGUGUCGGAGUCAGAAUCCACCCCUGUGUGUGUUUACAUGCGAGACGAGGUGAGUGGGGAAGAAGCACUCAAGAAGGCCACUCUUAGGUCUCUGGGUCUUACAGGAGGAAAUGCCAUUGUCAGGUUUUUACUCAAAAAGAACAAAGCACAGGGAGAGGAAGAUGUUGGGAAAGCCACUGAAACAGCUGCUAUGCCAAUUAAUCUUGUAGCAAAGGAAAUCACACCUAGCCCAUCAUCUCCGCCCAAUCCUGGUCCCUCACAUCCGGAGACGUCAAAAACAGAGGUGCCGAUUAAAAAUUCAGUCCCCAAUAGACCAGUUGAAGCCCAUCCUGCUCCAACUCCCGCCUCUACCACAAGCAGCACACUUCCUGUUCAACAGGAGGAAGUUCCAAACUCCCAGGAUGCAGUUCGGCCAAAGAUUCCUCCCGUCGAAAGAGUAAUUCCAGAGGAGGAUGGCGAGGAGGCGGGGCCAUCAGGACUGAACUCUCACCCUACUACUUCUUCUUCUUCCUCCUCCUCCGCCGCCCCCUCGGCUCCUUUCAUUCCCUUCUCUGGAGGCGGUCAGCGCCUCGGGGGUCCCCGGGGGGGUGCAGUGGGACACUCACUUUCUUCAUCCUCAUCUCUGUCAGUGCCAACUCCAGUAAUAGAAUCACCCAAAGCCAAGAAACUAAAAUCCAGCCACGGUUCUAACAAGCAUCAAUCCACUGGCAACCAGCCAGACGAGGACAUGGAUCUAGGGGAGUUCUCUGAGCCUGUCGAGAGGGAGCUUCUCAUCUACCACCUGGACGCUAUGUCCCGUCACUCUAAGGACCACAGGGAUAUGCCCGACGAGUUCUUUGAAGUGACGAUGGAUGACGUGCGCAAGCGCUUCGCCCAGCUGAAGAGCGAGAGGAAGCUACUGGAGGAGGCUCCGCUGAUGACUAAAUCUCUGAGAGAAUCACAGAUGAGGGAGAAGAUGGAAAGAUAUCCUAAAGUGGUUCUGAGGGUCCAGUUUCCAGACAGACAUGUUCUACAAGGCUUCUUCAGGCCGCUGGAGACAGUUGGUGCCCUGAGGCAAUUUGUGAUCAGUCACUUGGAGGAUCCUCAGCUCAGUUUCUACCUGUUCAUCACACCCCCAAAAACCAUCCUGGACGACCCCUCAGCCACACUGUUUCAGGCCGACCUGUUUCCUGGCGCUCUGGUGUAUUUCGGCUCCGACGAUAUGACAGACAUUUACAUGAAGAGGGAACUGACUGAAUCCUCUGUCUCGGCCUUGCAAGCAAAUGAGUCGAUUGCAAGCUGCAUGCUCCAGUCCCCGACACAAUCCUGCAGCUCUGAGGGCUCAGAGGAGCCGCCGUCUUCUCCAGAGCCGAGGGCGGACACCAGCAGGGCCACGCGGGACGAGGGAGACCCGUCCGCACACACCCAGCCCGCUAAACCUCCCAGAUCUGACGCGGCCAAGGUGCCCAAGUGGCUCAAGCUUCCAGAUGAUGCAGUCCCACCGGUCCAGUUCUGCAGUACACAUGGGAGAUGUUUUUGCUUCUCAGGAAUUUAUUUCCUCCGUUGCAGCAGAACACGUUACACAAGCCAUUGGAAACUCUGGAGUCAAACCGGGCAUCAUAAACCUAUUUAGAGGGCUGACCUACUGCAACACGAUGAACACACUUAAAGAAACCUUCUUGCCUAGCUGACCCUGAACACGGGUGCACCACUAGGCUGUGUGCUCAGCCCCCUCCUGUACUCCCUGUUCACCUACGACUGUGCUGCCAAGCACAGUUCAAACAUCAUCUUUAAGUUUGCUGACGAUACGACCAUCAUGGGCCUCAUCAACAACAAUGAUUAGA